AUGGGAAGAAAGUCGUUUCAAACGGAAAUGGAAGUGAGUGGAAGAAUUUCGGUGGAACCAACCGAUAAUAUCUUACGGCUUAAAUCUGUAAGCACUGAAGAUAUGCAAAAGGAACUUACUAAGCUUAAAGGCGAUCAAAAGCAAAAUGCUGUAACGGACACUUUGGCUGCAUUAGUGUAUGAUAUUGAUGCUACCGCUGAAGUACUACGACGUGGUUCAAUGAAAAAGAAGCAAACCACUGGAGAGGAAGUAAUCACUGGAUACAAUUUACGUAUUACACCUGGACCGGAAGAAGAAAUACCUAUUCCAUCACCAAAACAGCACCAUGCAACAGAGAAUAAUUUUACAUUGGAACGAGUUUCUCGAGAUUAUGGUGUUGACAUUUCUGAAUCGCAAAUGAAUAGUAUUAAAAAACGUGCCCGAUCUGAAACACCACGACGGAUGAUUAAUAUUGAGAGUUCACCAGCCAGUUCAGCAGCAAUUUGUGCAUUUUGUUCAGAAAAAAUUGAUGGUCCAAUUAUAACAGCAUUAGCACCAAAUUCAUAUUAUGCACAAAAGUUCCAUCCCUAUCAUUUCAUGUGUACUUAUUGUCAAAAGGCAUUAAAUUUACGUGGCACUUAUCGAGAACAUGAACGAAAACCAUACUGUCAUGAAUGCUUCUAUCGUUUAUACAAUGGCCUCAUUUAUUCGCCAGAUGAAAAACAAGCCAGAAUUGAAAAAUUAAUUUAG